GAGCUUCGCCAAUCAAGAUCCGCAGCAAAACCCUAGAAACCGCUAUUUCACCCCCACCGCCGAGGUGAGAGAAAGCGCCAUUACUACCGGCCAAGCUGCACCCUCCGCCACCUUUCUCUCACAUCUCUUUCUCUCUCGCACGCUCGCAGCCGGACCUCUAUACGAUCCGAAUCUCUCAACCUCCCUCAGCCACAUGCCUUCUGCUUUGUUGUUCCCUCAAGUAUUGAAGAAUCAAAGUGAUUGCCAGAUGAUGAUUUGGGGAUAAUUUUGCGCAAGGGCUUUGAGUUCCAUAAAAAUGGAGCGAAUGAGAAUGAAUCCUACCAAAAUAGUCUUCCUGAUGGCAAAUUGAUCGAUGAGAGACAUUUUUUUGUGUGCUUACCAUUGCUUCAUGUUUCUUCAUCUCGUCGCUCUUUAUGCUGUAUUGCUGUUAUGUAUUGAAGAAUAAAAGUGAUUGCCAGAUGAUGAUUUGGGGAUAAUUUUGCGCAAGGGCUUUGAGUUCCAUAAAAAUGGAGCGAAUGAGAAUGAAUCUUACCAAAAUAGUCUUCCUGAUGGCAAAUUGAUCGAUGAGACACAUUUUUUUGUGUGCUUACCAUUGCUUCAUGUUUCUUCAUCUCGUCGCUCUUUAUGCUGUAUUGCUGUUAUGUAUUGAAGAAUAAAAGUGAUUGCCAGAUGAUGAUUUGGGGAUAAUUUUGCGCAAGGGCUUUGAGUUCCAUAAAAAUGGAGCGAAUGAGAAUGAAUCCUACCAAAAUAGUCUUCCUGAUGGCAAAUUGAUCGAUGAGAGGCAUUUUUUGUGUGUGCUUACCAUUGCUUCAUGUUUCUUCAUCUCGUCGCUCUUUAUGCUGUAUUGCUGUUAUGUUAUGGCUUUCUUUUUUCAACUGGUUAGAUGCAUCCUUGGUCCAGGAUAUCCGAAUGAUAACUGGCUAGUCUACCCUCACAUCUCCUUGAAUCAGUAACUGUAACUUUAUGCUGACAUUUGGAAAACUUACCUAUUCCCAGGACAAAGGCGCACCCUUUUCUCCAAUGAAGCAUAUUUUCAAGAUUAUUUCACUGCUUGCUGCCAUUUCUGCCUUCUGGGUUGGCCUCUUGCAGGCAUCUAUAAUUCCGCGUACACAUACUUGGUUGCUGCCAAUCUAUCUUGUUGUGUCAUUGGGGUGCUAUGGCUUGCUGAUGGUUGGAGUUGGGUUAAUGCAAUUUCCAACUUGCCCUCAAGAAGCAGUGCUGUUACAGCAGGACAUUGCUGAGGCAAAAGGAUUUCUUAAGGAUAAAGGAGUUGAUGUCGGGUCAGAUUGAUGAAUCUUCAUGAUCCUGAACGGUAAAAAGUUUUGGCAGAAAAUCAAGUUGUCAUUGAAAUGUCAAGGUUGCUGAAUUUGUCUUCUGCGUACACGCUCUCCGUUAGUGUAACUUUAGUUUCAGCUAAUUAAAAGGUUUAGGGGUUGUUUGCAUGAGUCAUUUGUUCAAAUUUAAUCGUUUUUGUGUGUAAAAACUAAAAAGGGGCAGACUAUAAGGGUGCUCUUGCCUGACACUUAAAUUAAACCUUAAAUUAAACGAAUGUGAGCAAUGCUUAUAGUAUCAUACAAGAUUAAAAAAGAUAGGUCUGUAUCCGAGCUAUCAAACAUAUGCAAAUCAAAG